AUGGCUACAAGUUUGGUUAGAAAUGUUGACAAAAAAUUACAAAACAACGAUAUUGCUACCACACCUACGGUUUCUAAUGUGGAGUAUUGUGAUUUGGGGGAUGCAACAAAUAGUUGUGAGCAUUGUGGUGCGUUAUUCUGGUUUGAGGAGAGACAAAAUAAGACAGUCACUAAAGGAUCACCUCGGUUUUCCAUGUGCUGCAACAAUGGGAAGAUUACGUUGCCCACAUUACUCUUACCACCCAAAGGUAUCAUCGAUCUUUUUUUCGGCAAUUGUGAACUAUCCAGAAAAUUCUUACAGAACAUCAGAACGUACAACAACAUGUUUUGCUUCACAUCCAUGAGAGGUAGGAUUGAUAGAAGCGUGAACAAGGGAGGCGAACCUCCUGUAAUCAGAUUAAAUGGACAAAAUUAUCAUUUAAUGGGGAGUCUACUUCCAGAAGAAGGCAAGUCACCCCAUUUUGCCCAACUGUACAUAUACGACACAAGCAAUGAACAAAUUAACCGUAUCAAUGUUGUGACGGAUGGUUCUGAGCAAGAUGACAUUCAUAUAGAAAUAGUAAAUGUCAUUCACAGUGAGUUGGAUAAAAAUAAUGUUUUGGUUAAGUCAUUUCGUAUGGCUAAAGCAGAAAUGGAUAGAAAUUCAUGCGUUGAAGUCAAGAUCAAAUUGCUAGGCAAGCGCAAGAAAGAUGCAAGGACAUACAAUUUACCUCAAGUGUCUGAGGUAGCUGCAUUAAUAGUCAGAGAUCUUGAUACUAGUAUUGAUGGUUAUAGGGAAGACAUUGCCUUCUCUAACAUAAAAUGCAACGUCGGUGGUGGUGGCAGACAAAGGAUUAGUCUAAGAGAAUUGUUUUGCUAUCGCAUACAAACAAGAAAUUCGGUGGCCAGUACAAUACUACAUGCCAAGCGGUUAUUUCAACAAUUCGUUGUUGAUGGAUACACAAUGGUUGAGUCAGGACAACUCAUUUAUAUAAGGACACACCAAAAAAGCUUACGGUGUAAAUCAGAUAGUGGACUGACCAAUGCUUUAACUAGGGGAGAAAUAAAUCCAGCAACGCAGGGGCGUAGGAUAAUACUACCGUCGAGUUUUACAGGCGGAUCAAGGUUGUUUAAGAUGAAGCUAGAUUCGUUGAUAGCUUAUUGUAGAAAGAAAAAACUGUUUGGAUCUGUUGCAGGAGUUAUAUAUACCAUUGAGUUCCAAAAAAGAGGUCUUCAGCAUGCUCAUAUAUUGCUGUUUUUGGAAAAAAGAAAUGAAGUUAGGGAAGUUGGUGCUUUGGACAAAAUCAUUUCAGCUGAGAUACCUGAUGAAAAUACAGAUGUAGAAUAUUACAAAGAUGUUGAGGAAUUUAUGAUGCAUGGGUCAUGUGGAAAAGCAAGACGUCGGGAAAAUGGGAGGGCAAUUACAAAGAAUGGCAUUGCCUUGGACAACAGGUACAUAUCACCCUAUGAAGCGGUCUGGCGGUUGUUUGAUUUUGAUAUACAACUUAGGGCUCCCUCAGUGGAAAGGUUAAACUUUCACCUACCCAAUCAACAAAGUGUGGUUUUUGCCAAUGACGAUCCAGUUGAGAACAUUGUUAAUAGACCAACUAUAGCACAAAACUUCUUGGAAUGGUUUGAGGCUAAUAAGACAUUCCCAGAGGCAAGAAAGAUGACUUAUGUUGAGAUGCCAACGAAAUUCGUGUGGAAGAAACAACUUAGAAAAUGGCAGCCAAGGAAAAAAGGUUGA